UCAGCGUGAUAUGUGGAGCGGCUUAGCGACUAGCCAGAGCAGCCUUAUGCUCUCCAUUCUAAAUCUGUGUCACAAACAGCUUACUUGUCCAUUCUGCUCCGUAGGUUGAUGCAACGAGGCUGUGCUUAAAAUCAUCUAGCCAGAUGCUCUAAAGUUCACUUGUUGACAAGGACUACAUUGCGACAUAGCAGAGUAUGCUUGGCCCUAGAGGAUCAGAAGAGGCUGCCCCAAUACUGGCCCGACAGCUGUUGCCGUUGUAACUGCUUGCGCGGCCGACACCUGCAGCACCCCGAUCUCCACUCUAAUGCAGAUGGCCUAGUCUGGUGGUACGGUCCCGCGAUGUCAUGCCCGUUCCUCAUCACAGGCGUCAGACGCGCGAGUGGAGGUACCAUAUGGUUCACUGUGGGCUCGUCAAUUAUCAAUCAGCUCUGAUCUUCUCGCACCCUGCUAAGAUCUCGGAUAUCCUCAUAUAACAUGCGUGCCCCGGUGCAUUCGCACAGGCCUAGUCUCUUUCCCUCGCAUGUCCAAGCCUCCACCGGCUUUGUGCAGGCACCCACGACGCCCUUCAGACACACCGUAGGAGGCUCCAAGAAGCAUGUCACACAGCACGCCGCCGACGCUGCUCGUCUGGGCAUCUUCCUUGUUCACCAUCUCUACCGGUACGAUCGGUUCAAGUGCUUGAAGUGGGGCCAUAGCCACCAGUCUGGGGCCUUCAAGCGCAUUAUGACGUACACAUACCUUAUCACAAUACCGCUGAUAGCGAUAUAUUCCAUCGGCUUCGCCGCCAUCAAGUACGAUAUGGGCUACGCCGUCGUUCCAGGAUUCGGCAUCCAGCCAGUACCGUGGCAGGACUGGCCAAAGAAGUACCAGCACGCCAUCUUUCCGCUCUACCUUGUCUUCUCCGUCGGCUGGAGCCUUGAGCUCGUCACACAUCUCGAGGAACUCUGUUUUUGGCUUUUCCUUCUCAACGCAGGUCGCGCCGGCCAAGACUGGUUCAGGAGCGGCUACUUCAAAAUUUGGAUCGUCGGUUCUGGGGCUUCCAUAAUUUACAUGCCGCUCGUUACCAUUUUCACCCGCUCAGAUCCGCUCAAGAACGAGGCGUACACGUUCCUUGCGGGUUCAUUCGGUAGUCUGUGCAUUACCGUAUGGUUCACGCCGAUUUUAUGGACGUUCCCGAAGUUUAUAGAGAAUUUGCGGUCUGAUGGUGUGGAAAUGAACACGCUCAUGCGUCUCGUCAAGUUCCAUGAGCUCAACACUAUUCGCAUCGCACUGCGAUUUGUCUUCUGCGUGUCGCUCAUCAUUCUCGGCGUAGACGGCGCCCGACCGCACCAGCACAUCAACGACAAGUUUAUCUGGACGGAACUGCUCUCGAUGCUCGCAGGCGUCGGCGUCACCGUCUCCUCCGCGAUCACACUCGUUAUCUUCUUCCCACGAAAUAUCUACAACGAGUACUCGCUGAAACAAGCCUCGCUGCAGUCACGUUCGCUACAUCUGCGCAGCCGCGCUGGAGCGGCACCACACAUGGACUCGUACGCGUCGCCGCGGAGCGUGCUGCACAUCGACGACACAGACGCGCAUGAGCGUGCGCGGAGCGAGCUAUCGUUCUCGCUCUCACUUGAGUCGCCGCUGAAGGCCUCUUCCGAGCUCAGGGACUACGUCCCGCCCGUGAUGUUCGCGCCGAACCGCCGCCUCGAGACUGGCGUCACUGUCCAGGGUAUGGUCGCCGCCAUGACGCCGAGCGCGCUCGCGAUGCGCCACGACGACCUGGAGGCGGGUGUACAUCCGUUCGCGCAGCAUUAUACGUCCCCCAUCGAUCUCGUGCAGGGCGAGAACGCGUCGUGGAACUCGCACGUGAGGGGGAGAUAAGAGCUGCCGCUGCAUGAUGACCUUAUUCGUUACAUUAUUCUGUAGGGAUAAUUCUGCGAGAAUUUA